AUGCAACAAGAAGAUGUUGGACAGCAAUUGCAAAAUUUCCAAUCGGAUGAUCUAUUGGAAAAACUAAAACUCCUCAAUUAUGAGAAACAUUUAUUAAAAGAAUUUAAAUUGAAACCCCUGUCGAGAUUCUACUUUGUGAAGGCUACCAAUCCGGGUGAACAAUUUUACAUGUUCACUUUGAUAUGUUGGUGGCUAUGCAAAAAACUGGGCAAGGAUAUGGAAAGGCCACAGGAAUCGGAUGAUCCGAAUACGGUGAUAGCGAAAAUUAUGCAAAUUCUUGAGGAAAUUGAUGUAAAUGUAGAUUUUGCCCCAAAUAAACUAAUACGCGGCGGUGGAUCUGUUUGUCUGAUGGUUUUGGAUAGCCUGGCCACUCAGGCCAUUAAGGUUACCAAAUUAUCCUUUCAGCGUCUACAUAUAGCCCAAGAGGAGGAGUUUCUCGGUGACUAUCUGGAGGACAAUGCAGAGAUUAUAUUGGAAAAGCUGGAGGAUGAACAAAACGCCGCCACGCAAAGCGAUGACAGUGAUCUCGAACUGGAGGCUCAUAAUUUCAAGCAACUCAAUUGGCUGAAUCGUCCCCAGAGACGUUCGAUAGGCGAUCUGGAGGUCAACCAAGAGAUCUCAAGCCGCCUGAGCGAUCAUCAACAAUGGCGCUUGGAGCUGGAGCGGGUGCUGCAACAUCUGAAGGUCUUCGUUAAGGCCGAUGCUCGAGACUGGCGUUCGCACAUCAGUCAAAUGGACACUUUAAAAUCAAAUAUAGCCGAAAUAUCAGAACCCACACAAAAUCAGCUAAAAAAGCUGCACAGCGAAUUCACAUUUAGUCUGGAGAAAAUCGAGAGCCGUGAGAAGCAUUUGAAUAACGAACUUCAACCCCUGAUUCAGCAAUACAAAGAAAUCUCCAUCGAAUUGAGCAGCAUUCAAUAUGCUCAGAAUCAAGUACAAGCUGAUAUGGAGAAGCAAAUGGCUCAGCUUAAUGAGAUAAUGAUGGAGCAGGAGCUUAAGAAAGAGGAAAUGGAGCGUCGUGGACAAGUGAUGUCCGAUGGCAGUUCUGUGCAACAGAUUAAGAAAUCAAUUGUAAAACUCAAAGAGGACAUUGCCCAUUUGAACUUGGAAGUGGCUCUUCUGGUGCAUGCCUACGAUCAGGAUAUUGUGCGUCAAACUCAAUCGGGCCUACUCGAUAGGGUCAUGUAAAUAAAUGAUAAA